ACGAACUGCACUCCGCUCCGUGCUUUCCUUCUGAUCACGUCAACGUCACAAGUAGGAAGUGGAAACGGAAAUAUCUCCAAACAGCUACAGGUGUACUCUUCAGGCAGGACUUGUCUGCCACAAAUUACAGCUUCUCUGUCAAGAUGUUGAAGGCAGUUAUUUUAAUUGGAGGCCCCCAGAAAGGCACAAGGUUCAGGCCACUGUCAUUUGAAGUGCCCAAACCCUUGUUCCCAGUAGCUGGUGUGCCCAUGCUGCAGCAUCAUAUUGAAGCAUGUGCCAAGGUACCAAACAUGAAGGAGAUUUUGCUGAUUGGCUUUUAUCAGCCAAAUGAAGAACUGACCAGAUUCCUGUUUAAUGCACAGCAGGAGUUCAAAAUUCCCAUCAGGUAUUUGCAGGAGUAUGCAGCCCUGGGGACUGGAGGGGGCAUCUAUCACUUCAGAGAUCAGAUUGUCUCCGGCAGUCCAGAGGCUUUCUUUGUUCUGAAUGCUGAUGUUUGCUCAGCGUUUCCUCUCACAGAGAUGCUCAGCUUCAGAAGGAACAUGGAGAACCAACCAGCUGUGUUACUGGGGACAACGGCAAACAGAAAGCAAUCCAUGAAUUACGGCUGCAUUGUUGAAAACGAGAAAACAAAAGAGGUCCUGCAUUAUGUGGAGAAGCCGAGCACAUUUGUAAGCGAUAUCAUAAACUGCGGCAUAUACCUCUUUAACCCAGACAUCUUCCAGCAUAUCGGCGCCGUCUUUCAGAAGAACCAACAGGACAUGUUGCUAGAGGAGCCAACCAACGGCUGGCACCGAGCAGAGGCCAUCAGGCUGGAGCAGGACAUUUUCACUGCCCUGGCUGGACAGGGCAAGCUCUACGUGUAUAAAACCCUCAGCUUCUGGAGCCAGAUUAAAUCUGCAGGAUCUGCAAUUUAUGCCAGUCGGUUGUACCUCAACCAGUAUCACACCACUCAUCCGGAAAGACUGGCCUCAAAUAAGGAGGGGGGGCCCAAAAUAAGUGGUAAUGUCUACAUUCACCCUACAGCCAGCAUUGACCCCACUGCUAUGCUGGGCCCCAACAUCUCGAUUGGCUCUGGAGUGACGAUUGGUGCUGGGGUCAGAGUUCGAGAAUCUGUCAUCCUUCAUGGUGCAACUCUACAGGAUCACUGCUGUGUUUUGAACAGCAUCGUGGGAUGGGACAGCACCAUUGGCAAGUGGGCAAGAGUAGAAGGAACCCCGAGUGACCCAAACCCCAAUGAUCCCUUCGCAAGGAUUGACAGCGAGACCCUGUUCAGAGAGGGAAAACUCACACCCUCAAUUACUAUUCUCGGUUGUAAAGUGACCAUACCUUCCGAGGUCAUUAUACUCAACUCGAUCGUCCUCCCCCACAAAGACCUUAACCGCAGCUUCAAAAACGAAAUUAUUCUCUAGUUAAUCUUUCUUGCGCUUCUGUCCACUUACUGUCAAUGAUGAAGGAUGCAGCUGGACGCACGCCGGCACUGCCUCUGAGUUACUGUAUAUAAGAUGUCAAAAAUGAAGAUAUGGGACAUUCAUUAAAUACUGUAGUUUUGAAAAAUAGAUUUUUUUAUAUUUGUCCUUGGGCCUUUAUGCAUCAUUGGGUGUCAGCAACAUUAGAGAGAAGCUAAUCACGCAUGUUGAUUCACCUUGAAAAGUGCUGUCAUGCCAGAGUUUUAUAUUGUGUUUUUAUUAACUUUACCGAACUGUAAAAUUACCGCAGACACUUGUGUAUUAUAUUUGGUUGGAUGUAAUAUAAUGUAAAGUUUAUAGACAACCACGCUCUGUUUUCUCAAGGGCAUCCUUGACAAACUAGAAAGUUGUUACUUCAGCGUCAGAAGAGGAAUUAUUAGGAAAUAAAAAUCCCUGGCUACUGGCUGUGGUUAAUCUUUAGAGGUGAUUAUUUGUGUGGAGCUCUUGAUUAAAACCGUUUACCAUCUUCAUUGUUUGUCUCAAACAUUGACUACCACCAAAAUAAAUCAGCGGGCUCGAGAUUUACGUUGCAAUCAAGUGAUGUUUCCUUUUUAAAAUGUGAAUUUAGCAGGGGGCUUGGAGACUGCCAUAUACGCAGCAACAGCAGAUGCUUUAAUUGUGCAUCCGCAAUCACUGGAGGAACUGUUCCAAUUUAUGGAUACAGCACAUUAACAUUUACUUAUUAAGCCCUCGAGCACUCAUGAUCACUUCAGCACUUUUGUUCCAAUUAUUGCAAAGAGAGUGUCUAUUAAGGAGUGAUGUAAAUUGCGAUACAAGAACUGCAGCAUAAUAUAUUGUAAUCAAGUCGCUUCACAAACUACCCUCUAGUGAAAAGGAAAAAACAAGUUAAUGUACUUUUUAAAAAUAUAGUUUAUUUCAGGUUUUAUAUGUAGGUGCCUGUGCUUCCCAUUGUUGAUCAAGGUGCCUUGCUGCUUCAAAAUAAACUGCCUCAUGCCAGUCUUGGGCCUCUCAUUAUGUUCUUUGUAUCCUCUUGGUGGGAUGUUAAUCAAUUGGGCUAAACCCCCCCCCAUGCUCUUCGCAUGAAAGGCAAUCCUAAAAUUCAUUAGAUCCAAUAGGCUUUAGUUUUUGUGAUGGCUUUUCUUGUCUUGUGUUUUUCCUGGAAGGUUAUUUAUUUCCUAAUUGUAAGUUGCCUGUGUGUUACAUUCAUUGUUAUCACCUCACAACAUUUAGAGUUUUACUUAUAGCAUUAUUAAUUAAUAUCCUAUUUUGAAAUGUGUAUUAUUAUUCGUCUUUACACUGUGACACAAAGCACAGUGGUGCAAGGCUGUCUUGACGAGUCGGAAUAAGGUCUGACAGAUAACAAGGAAGUAAAAAGGUCGCUCGUGUAGAAUAAAAGUACACGUGACACCUUUCUUAAGAGUCUUUAUAAUCUGAAGUCACCAGUUGAGGGAAAAUUAAGAUUAUGUUUUACUUGUCUGAUUUUUGUGUUGUACAUGUUGCUAGGUGAAUUAUUUUUUUCAAGACUUCCUUUUUAAUGAAAAGAAGUGUACCACAUAAUAAAAUGUAAAAUGUC